UCUCCAAGCUGGCCAUGUGAAAUUAAAAACAAUAAUAAAAAAAGGGUUUGAAAGGAAGCUAUGGAGUUGGGAGAAUAUGCACAUGAUUUUUGUCCAAGCCAAUGAGUGAACUUGAAUUCCAUGCAGGUAGGAGAGGAAGUGAUGUCACUUGGAAAGAUAGCUGGCCCAAUAAUGAUAACAACAUUGCUGAUUCACUCCAGAUCAGUUAUUUCUAUGCUUUUCCUGAGCCAUCUAGGAAAAGAAGAGCUUGCUGGAGGAUCACUUGCAAUGGGAUUCGGAAACAUUACAGGGCUGUCAGUCAUCAAAGGUCUGUCCAUUGGGAUGGAUCCCAUCUGCGGUCAAGCCUAUGGAGCCAGGAGAUAUUCAGUCCUCAACCAAACCUUCCACAGAACAUUUUGUCUCCUGCUACUUAUUUCCAUACCAAUCUCGAUCCUUUGGCUAAAUGUGGAACCCAUCUUUCUACGCUUAGGUCAGGAUCCGGAAGCUACAAAAAUCGCCAAAGUUUACAUGGCUGCCUUCAUUCCGGAACUGGUAGCUCAGUCUCUCCUCCAUCCGAUGAGGUCUUUUCUGAGAGCUCAGGGCAUAACCACCCCUCUUACAAUCGCUGCCAUAUGCGCGGUCCUCCUGCACCCUCUGGUCAACUACAUUUUCACAAUAUAUUUUCAGUUAGGGGUAAAAGGUAUUGCGUUAGCUCUUGCUUGUAAUACAUUCAAUCUAAACCUGGGGUUGAUAAUUUAUAUGGUCAUGUCAGAAGCUCCUUUAAAACCUUGGCAUGGGGUUUCAAUUCUCGCAAUCUUUCAAGGUUGGCAGCCACUGCUAGCACUAGCACUGCCUAGCCUCCUUUCAGUGUGCUUGGAGUGGUGGUGGUAUGAGAUAAUGCUGUUCCUUUGUGGCUUACUCGACAACCCAAAAGCUAGCGUUGCAGCAAUGGGCAUCCUCAUCCAAACAACAGGCUUAUUAUAUAAUUUUCCAUUCUCAUUAAGCGCCAGCAUUACUACAAGAGUUAGUCAGGCUUUAGGUGCUGGCCGACCAUCCUGUGCCCAUCGGACAGCGAUAAUUGGACUCCUCAUGGCCUUUGCUUUUGGCCUCUCAGCCUUCGUUGUCAUGACUGUCCUGAGAUCAUGGUGGGGAAAGUUGUUUACAGAUGAGCCACAAAUACUUGAUCUGAUCUCAAAUGUGCUUCCAAUUUUGGGGUUAUGCGAAGUCGGUAACUCUCCACAAACAGCAGCUUGUGGGGUCUUAACAGGGACUGCACGUCCAAAAGAUGGUGUCCGCAUAAAUUUAUGUUCUUUUUACCUUAUUGGAUUGCCUGUUGCAAUUCUCACAACUUUCAAAUUCAAAUUCGGCUUUGAGGGUCUAUGGUUUGGGCUUCUAGCAGCACAGAUGUCAUGUGUUUGCAUGAUGGUGUACACAUUGAUUCGAACCGAUUGGAAGCACCAGGCUAAGCGGGCUGAUGAGCUGACCCUAGCUGCAGGAGGCAAAGAUGAUUUAGAAACCAGCCUACUUACCACAGAUCAUUGACUUUCCUAUACAAAAUUGGUUGAUAGCCUUUUAACAUAAUUUUUCAGGGUGACACAAGA